GGCGGGGCCACCUCCGAGCCGCCGCCAAGCCCCUCGGCUCGCCCGAGCUCGCCCAGCCCGCAGCUUGCAGGAGCGAGGAGGCGGAGGCGAGUGCUUGCGUGGUUGAGGACUCGGCGUCCCGGUCUCUUCCGUGCUUCUGACUUUCCUAACGCAAACACAUCGUUACUUAAUACUUCCAGAGAAACAAUAACUUCCAAGCUGGCGGGGGCUAUGGUGCACAUGAAGAAAGGCGAGCUGGCCGCAGAGGAAAAGGAGCUGCUGGAAGUCAUCGGGAAAGGUACUGUCCAGGAAGCUGGAACACUAUUAUCCAGUAAGAAUGUUCGUGUCAACUGUUUGGAUGAGAAUGGGAUGACGCCUCUAAUGCAUGCCGCGUAUAAAGGAAAACUUGAUAUGUGCAAAUUGCUUUUACGACACGGAGCGGAUGUGAAUUGUCACCAGCAUGAACAUGGAUACACAGCCCUCAUGUUUGCUGCACUUUCUGGUAAUAAAGACAUAACCUGGGCAAUGCUGGAAGCCGGGGCAGAGACAGACGUGGUCAACUCUGUAGGAAGAACAGCCGCUCAGAUGGCAGCCUUCGUAGGUCAACAUGAUUGUGUAACAAUAAUCAACAAUUUCUUUCCUCGAGAGAGACUGGAUUAUUACACAAAGCCCCAGGGGCUGGAUAAAGACCCCAAACUGCCUCCGAAGUUGGCUGGCCCACUGCACAAAAUCAUCACCACAACAAAUCUCCACCCCGUCAAGAUCGUGAUGCUAGUAAGAGAGAAUCCUCUGCUCGCAGAAGAAGCUGCUCUGAAUAAGUGCUACAAGGUGAUGGAUCUGAUUUGUGAGAAAUGUAUGAAACAGAGAGACAUGAAUGAAAUCUUGGCUAUGAAAAUGCAUUAUAUCAGCUGUAUCUUUCAGAAAUGCAUCACCUUCUUAAAAGAUGGAGAGAAUAAACUGGAUGCCCUGAUCAAAAGCUUGUUAAAAGGCCGAGCUUCUGAUGGCUUUCCAGUGUAUCAAGAAAAGAUCAUUAGAGAAAGUAUCAGAAAAUUUCCUUACUGUGAAGCCACACUCCUCCAGCAGCUGGUGCGAAGCAUUGCUCCUGUUGAAAUUGGUUCGGACCCCACUGCAUUCUCUGUGCUUACCCAGGCCAUCACUGGGCAGGUGGGCUUUGUGGAUGUCGAAUUUUGUUCCACCUGUGGAGAAAAGGGGGCAAGUAAGAGAUGCUCAGUGUGCAAAAUGGUAAUAUAUUGUGAUCAAACAUGCCAAAAAACACAUUGGUUUGCCCAUAAGAAAAUCUGUAAGAAUCUAAAAGAUGUUUAUGAGAAGCAACAAUUGGAGGCCGCCAAAGAGAAGAGUGGAGAGGAGAAGGGCAACAAAUUGGAUGUCAACUCUAGUUGUGCUUAUGAAGAGCAGCCAGGUGCCGAAGUGGGUGUCUCUCGAGAGGAGCCCAGUCCUGAAGCUUCUGUGGAAGGGGAGAAAGAGCCUGCUGGCAGCGAGGCUGGGCUGGGAAGUGCACAGGACGCACCUGCGGGUCCUCAGGUCCCUGAGGAGUAGCAGCGCAGCUGGUGCUCGUGUGGACGGUCCCCACCCUGGCAGGCGCCAGGGAGCUCACACACUGUCCACACCGCCUCGCCGCAUCUGCAUGGCUCCGGGUGGGACUGCACAUUGCAUAGGACAGAGGCUUCCAGCAAGGCUCUGCGGACCAUGCCCUGAUUUCCUGCUGAUUUCUGUUCUAUAAUUGGACAAGCAUUUCUAUAGAAAAAUGUUUCCUUUUAACAUACAAGAAAAACAUUUCUUAGGCUGAAUUCCCUUUUUGAGGCUGGAUUCCCAGCAGCUGUUCUCAAAGAAAAUAAGUACAGACUUAGGGAACAAAAGGACAAACAGAAAAGGUUUGACAGAGAUUUUUCAGGAAAGAAAAAAUUUUAUGGCCACAGAAAUGAGUUAUUUUUAAAAAAUCAUAACUUAUAUGUGAAUAAAAUGUAUAUCAUAGCAUUUAUAGUAGUGAAGUUCUACUUACUAGGUGUGAUGAAUUGAAGAAAAGCUGUAUGUUGAAAAAGUUCUUUGCCAUUGCUCAGCCAAGUGCAGUUCUAUGUGGGAAGUGUCCUGAGAAGUCUGAACUGUGUAGUUUCUGCAGUGAAGUUCCCUACAGCGUCUGUACCUUCAGAAAUUCAGCUUCCUAGGAAGGAGCUAAGGCAUCCAGUAGCUAAAGCUGUCUGAGCAUGUGCCUGAGACACUCCUGUACACCACUGAUUAAAUGCUGGCCACACAUGCUAUAUAUAUAUAAUUCUUAGGAAACUGUGCCAUACUGUACCUGACAGAUUUUAUCUUCCUGCAAGCUUUUUAUGGAACUCUUCCUGUCCAGAAACUGUGGUUUGUACCUGUUGUUUAGAGAAUGUCCUGCCCUGUUUUUAGCGUAUGUGAUAUUUGAACAGAGCUUGAAUGUGAUUUCUGAAUAUUGUGCUGUCUCAAUGUUUCUUGUGUUGAUUUUUAGAUGACUCACACCUCGUGUAAGCAGCUCAUCAUGUUUUAUAGUUUGUUGUUAAGAGGUUGCACAUAAAGGGAAUAUAACAAAGGGAAAUAGCAAAUAAUGCAGAAGUAAAUAUUAUUUUAGUAUCUGCAGUUGCAGAUCAGAAUGGCUAGAAUUCUCACCUGACCCUGCUGAUCAUUUAUUGGUUGAUGUUGUAGUCCUGAGUAUGAAAUCCACAGGGAGGCUAACAGACUGGCAGGCUUCUGCUGGGACUUUUUACUGUCCACAGAUGUUAGCGUUUCCAUGUUGCAGGCUGUUAAUCUCCAAAACUGGAAUAAGUAAUGCAAAAAGAAUGCCCAGAAAACUCACUGUCACCAUCCAGAUCCCAGGGUCGCUAGCCAGCCUACCGGAACCAGCACCCUGUGUGGCCAAGAAUGGGGUGAGCAGGAGGAGAAGCAUGACAAUGACAUACACAUGCACAGAAAAUCAUUACAAAACAGAGAACUCUGCUGUAAACCAUGUUUGUGGGAGAGAGGCACCUGGGAGGACUCUUUUAAUACUUAAAGGUGACUGACACUACAAGAGGUACUUUGAUCAAUAAAUUUAUUUUGCCAAGGGAAUCUUGGCAUAAUAGAUGAGUUCAAACAAAAUCACCCAUGGAAUUCCCCCUUGGUUCACUGUUUUUUUGUUUUUGUUUUUGUUUUUGUUUUGGUAUCAGGAAUUGAACUCAGAGCCCUACACUUGCUAGGAAGUUGCUUGUUCCACUGAGCUAUAUCCACAGCCCUCAGCUCAUUCUUAACACUAAAUUCUCUCACAGACAGGGUGUGUGAGAAAAUCAAUGUACGGCGCUUGGGGCGAGGUGCUUGUUUGUAAGAAAGAUGAGAAUUGUAAGACGUAAGAAUGUAGCCUGCUCAGAAAUGGAACUCACAGUCCACACAAUGACAUGAGCCAGUUCCUUAAAAUAAAUGUACACUUGCAUGUGUGCAUCUGUGUGUUGUCUGCCUCUAAUAACCCUAAUACAUCAGAUAUCUUGAUGAGUUUGUUAUUAAAAAUGAUCUACAGAGCUGGGGAUUUAGCUCAGCAGUACAGCAUCUGCCUGGCAAGUACAAGGCCCUGAGUUUGAUCCCCAGUGCAAAAAAAAAAAUCAUAUACUAUGAGGCCUACUCAACAAAUAUUUCUCAGUUCUGGAAGCCAGAAGCCCAAGAUCAGGUUGCCAUCAGGAUUGGGUUACUGGUGAGACACCUCUUCCCAAGUCACAGAGGACAGCUGUAUCCUCACUUUGAAGAAGGUGAACAAACCCUCCAACCUCUUAAAAGGGACUGAUCCCAUUUGAGGGGCCUUACAUUUAUGACCCAGUUGCCUCCCAAGGACACCAUGUAGGGAUCUUAUUUUAGUAUAUGAAUUUAGACGGGACACACAUUUAGUCCACAUAAGUACAGUCCCUAAGGGGUACAGUCCCCUUAGGAUAUGAUAUAUGUAACAGCUAACACAUAUUGAGUACUUAAUUUAAGAAAGAUCUUUGAGACUUUUGUGAAGUCAUUGUUGAUUGUUGAACAAGAGGAAAUUGAAGCCUAGAGUGCUUGACUCACUUUUCCAAGUAACAAGUAAUAGAUGUAAUGAAAGGUAACUAAUAAGAGUUUUAGCCAGAACCUCUAUACUUAUGUAUAUUAGCAUUUUGUUUACUAGUCAUGCGACCUCCUGGUGGGUCCUGAAAUAAAUAUGCUUUCACCUAA